UUUAGAGCAAAGAAAUGGACAGAAAAGAUUCAUACAUGCUGGGCGAACAGAAUCAGGGGAUCUCUUAUCAGAGCUCACUGAAAUUCGCAAGCAGACAGCCAGCUUCUACUCGAAGCUGUACAACAAGGAGCAGUCAGGGGCACAGAUGGUGGAGGAGAGCUUUCUGAAGAACCUUCCAAGACUCUCAGAGCAAGCUGCCAGAGAUACAGACAGGGAGCUGACACUGGGAGAGCUCUACGAGGCUCUCCAGGGUAUGGAGAAUGGAUGGGCGCCAGGCAUAGAUGGUCUCCCUGUAGAGUUCUACAAAACCUUCUGGGCAGUAAUAGGGCAGGAUGUGUUAGAAGUCUUACAGGACAGUGUGAGGAGGGGUAAGCUCCCGUUGAGCUGCAGGAGGGCCGUCCUGACCCUACUGCCAAAAAAGGGAGACCUGACAUACCUGAAGAACUGGCGCCCGGAAUCACUGCUGUGCACUGACUGCAAGUUGCUCUCUCAAGACUGAAGAAGGUAAUGGAGCAGAUUAUUCAUAGGCUAUUAGGCUUAAGCACUGGUCUUAUUUUUCCAGAUCAGGAAAAGGCUUUUGACCAGGUUGAAUACAAAUACUUGUGGAAGGUGCUGGAAACAUUUGGGUUCAAACCAGGUUUUAUAGCCAUGAUCAAGACUUUGUACAGUGAAAUUGACAGUGUACUGAAGGUUAAUGGUGGUUUAGGUGCCCCUUUUAGAGUGUACAGAGGCAUCAGACAAGGCUGUUCUCUGUCAGGCAUGGUGUAUACUCUAGCAAUCGAAUCUCUUUUAUGUAAACUUAGAAACCAACUCUCUGGUUUUAAUAUACGUCACUCCAAUGCUCCUCUCUGUCUUUCAGCAUAUGCAGAUGAUCUGGUCAUAAUGGUAGGAGCACAGACAGAUGUAAAUAUUUUAAUUGAUAUUUUAAAAGACUUUGAGAUUUUAUCUUCUGCUAAGGUCAACUGGGGCAAAAGUGAAGCUGUUUUAGUUGGGGAGUGGGGUAGUGGACAGCCUACACUACCAGAAGGCUUGGUGUGGAAAAAGGGAGGUUUUAAAUACUUAUGAGUUUAUCUGGGCAGCACUGAGUUCUUAAAUAAAACUGGAAGGGCGUUGUUGAACAUGUAAAGGGCAGACUGAGCAGGUGGAAGUGGCAAGUCCCAAAGAUGUCCUACAGGGGGCAAACGCUGAUCAUCAACAACUUAGUGGCAUCAUCGCUGUGGCACAAGCUGACGUGUGGAUCCGCCACCAAAUCUGCUAGCAAACAUCCAGGCCCUGCUAGUGGACUUCUUCUGGGAUGGUCUACACUGGGUUCCUCAGAGUGUUCUCCAUCUGCCCAAGGAGGAUCUCCAUCUGCCCAGGGUUCUGAUCUCCUCAGGGAUAGUGACACUCAGGCAGCUGGUGACCAUUACAGGGGCAGACCUAUCACAGGCAGAGGAAAUGGCAGCUCAUAUGGGACUGCGAUCCCAGCGUGUGGUCAACAAGCUCUUACAUCGCAUCAGAGGAGCGUGUUCAGCUGAUGGACUGUAAAACCAGCGAGACCAGUCCUGCAGAGGAGGAACCUUUUCCACAGCUGAGCAUCGCUCCGGACCUGGACGGAUGUGCAGGUCCCCUCCUGGAGUGCAGGGGGGAGGGGGAAAUGAACAUCGAAACAGUGUCGGGUAAACUGCAGUACAGGGCUUGUGUGAAAGUUUUAAACAAGAAAAAAACUGAAUGGGAGGGUGGACACCCCAUGGCGAAGUGUACUUGGUUUUAAUGAUGAUAUUAAACCAGAGUGGGGGGCACUUUACAAACCACCAUUAACCAAAAAAGUUGCUGACCUCCAGUGGAGGAUUUUACAUGGUAUUGUUUCUGUAAAUUCUUUUGUCUUCAUUUUAAACCCUGAGAUCACACAGUCACACAGAAUGUCCAUUUUGUGAGGGAAACCAUUUUUCAUGCUUUUAUACAUUGCUCCAGGUUGCAGUCAUGCUUUGUGUUUUUACAAAGCAUCUUAAGGUCAUUUUAGGUGGCUUUUACGUUUCAGAUUUUUAUUCUUGGUUUUAAAUUUGUCAGCUGAUUAAUUUUAUCUUUGGUCAGGCCAAAAUGGUGAUAUGCCUGAGCAGGAAAAACAAAAUGGUACAAAACAUAGACUGUGAUAUGAUAAGAAUUCUCUCCAGUCUAAUUAAAUCAAGAAUUUUGAUUGAUUUUAAUUUUUAAAAGAGUAUGGGGGAUUUGGAAAGCAAGGUGGUGUUGUGAGGAGGCUCUGUAGUGGAGGAAGAACUUUGUUUUGCAUGAGCAUUAGACUGAUAAAAACAUCACAACUACAUACUCAAACUGUUCACCUGUUUAGCCUAAUUUAUUUAAAUGCCUUUUUAAAAAUAUUGCUUGAUUGAUUGAUUGAGUCACCCUGAUCUUAUUGUGUAAAAAGUGACUUGUGCAAAAUAAAGGAUUGUAAAAAACUAUAUGAUUACAUAAAGUUCAUUAAUGGAAUGAGAUUUUCACUUCUAUGCUCUGUGGCAGUUUUAAAAGUUUUUCCUGAUGCCAGAGCACUCACUGUUACAGUAGUCUGUAGACUGAAAUAUCACCCAUGUGCUGUUUAGAUUAUGCACAUACUCUGCAAAACACAGCAUGAAUAUAGCAUGAAUAUUUUAAUUUGUAGUGUUUAUACAUAGAAAUCACUACCAUGCCAAAAAAUAUCCUAAUUUAAUUUUAAAUAUCUGCUCUGUACUCUGUCAGUGUCUGGCGUACAGCAGUCAGGUGUAACAUGGGCUUAGUAAAAAGAUGCUUAGGUGUAAAAAGGGCGUGGCUCACAAACAAACGAAAACGAAAGUAGGAAACACCUGAAAAUGUGAGCUGCGCGAAGAGGGGCCUUUAUUUUCCACCUAUUCUUAUUGAGAAAAUAAAAACUUUUAAAAUGAGGAUGAUUUUGUGUCUGACUCUCCUGAUUCUCUACAGCUUUAUGGAAUCUCAAUCAGAGAAAUUACAGGUGGUUGGUCCAGAUUCUCCUCUUGUUGCUCUAGCUGGUGAAGAUCUGGUUCUGCCCUGUUUUAUCAAACCCAACACCAGCGCUGUAGACGUGACAGUGGAGUGGAUGAGACUUGAUGAAGUGGCUUCAUUAGUGCAUCUCUAUAAGGAUCAUGAAGACAGAAAUGAAAAUCAGGCUCAGCCCUACAGAGGAAGAACAUCACUGUUUAAAGAGGAGCUACAGAAAGGCAACGCUUCACUCAAACUCUCAGCUCUCCAAGUCUCUGAUGAAGGAGAAUAUAAGUGUCUUGUUGAAGACAAAUCCUGGUAUGAUGACAUCACUGUUCACGUCACUGUUGAGGUUCUGGGAAGCCACUCAGUGAUCACGAUGGAGAGUUAUGAUAACUCAGGAGGGAUUAAUCUAGUGUGUGAGUCCAGAGGCUGGAACCCUGAACCUGAUGUUCUGUGGCUGGACAGAGAAGGAGCCACUCUGCCUGCUGAAGAUACACAGACACAUAGAGACACUGAGGGCUUCAGUGUGAAACGCCACAUCACUGUUUAUGAUUAUAGCGACUCCAACAAGUUUUACUGCAGAAUUCUACAAAAACAUCACAUGAUGGAGACAGAGGUUAUCAUUAAUAGUAAAGUCUUUGGUGUUUGGAAUUGGCUUGUCGGCAUUUCAGUUUCAGCAUGUCUUACUGCUGUCGGUUUGAUAGUAACUGCAGUUAUCUGUUACAAGAAAGCCUCAGAACUUCAAAAGGAGAAGCAAUGUGCAGAGUUUAAAAAGAAGAAGAAGUUUGCAGUGGAUGUGACUCUGGAUCCUGAUAUAGCUCAUCCUGCACUCAUCCUGUCUGCUGAUGGAAAACAAGUGACACUUGGAGACACACAACAGAAUCUCCCUGAUACACCACUGAGGUUUCAUUUUGCCAGUGUUGUGGGAAAGCAGAGUUUCUCCUCAGGGAGAUUUUAUUAUGAGGUGCAGGUCCGAGGGAAAACUGAGUGGACAUUAGGAGUCGUGAGAGAGGACAUUAACAGGAAGAGGUGGAUUCCACGGAGUCCUCAGAAUGGAUUCUGGACUGUGGGCCUGAGGAAUGAGAAUCAGUACUGGGCUUAUGAUGAUGCUGCUGUCUCUCUGACACUGAUAGAGAAGGUGGAGAAGGUGGGGGUGUUUGUGGAUUAUGAGGAGGGUCUAGUCUCCUUUUAUGAUGUGGAGUCCAGCUCUCAUAUCUACUCUUUCACUGAUCAGUCUUUCACUAAGAAGAAACUCUAUCCAUACUUCAGUCCUCGGCACAGUGAAAGAGGUGAAAAUUCAGCACCACUGAUCAUCACUGCUGUUACUGAAUAAAUAUCUGUUUUAUAUUCUAUAACAAUUAAACUUUUUUUUUUUUCAAUUGGCUAAAAUAAUCACUUUUAAGUUAAUUUUAUAUAAAAUAAACAUAAUAAACUCUGUAAACAGUUUAAACAUGUAGACUGUAAAAUGAAUUGUGGUUACAUGAACACUAAUAAUACCAACAUUAUCUGAUUUCAGCAGUUAAAAUCAGAUUAAAGCCAUUAUUAGAUUUCUAGAAAUUCUAUAAAGACACUUUGUCAUGGUUAUGCCAAAAUCGGUGCUGAACUACAUUACCCAUCAGCCCUAGCGUGUCACAUGACCAUGUCCCACUGAUCACCCACACCUGUUUUGUGUUAAUCCUAUUAAGCACCCCUACAUAAGUUCUGGUUUCUGUUUGUUUCAUUGCCAAGCUUUUGUCAUUGUUGUGUGUAUAUGUUGUUGUGUGCUCCACAGCCUUGAUCAUAGUCUGCCUGUUUUUGCCUUGUAGCCAUUGUUAAUGUUUAUAGUUCUCAUUUUCACUGUUUUGGUUGUUUGUGUUGCACCUUCUACAAUAAAAUCUACACUUGCAUCCGCUGCAUCUACAAAAUCUGUUACGCACAUGGAUGUUAGUCCAGUUACUGCAUUAUUCAGUGUUUGCGUGCUGUUAAUCUGAUUUCUCUUAGAAACUCUGAAAGAAUGUAGAUGCCUCAUGAAGCUGAGAAAGCGCAACUUUCCUGCUCUUUCACUUGAGUUGAAUUUCAGUUAACUAACAUUUUCUCCACCACUAAGAAUCACCCCUUAUUAUAGGUGAAGCCCUGACAUUUUGUGUGUGUGUGUUUUAGGAGGGAUUGUAUGGCAGGAUUGUUUAGGAUACUGUUUUGUGUUUGUUUUUUCCUGAACAUGAUGUCAGUUCUUACUGAAUGUUCUUAAUAUUUGGUAAAUGUUCAGUAAGGUUUGUAUUGUGAUUGGAUGUGUAGAUGAAUUUGAAUUAUUUUUUGUAUUUUUUACAUAAUCAUACAUGAAAUUGAAUUAUUAGGCUAUUAUUAUAGUUAUUUUUAAUAUGUGUUAUAAUCACUCAAAAACAACAUCUUGUCAGUUUAUAAUCAUUUCAGUCCAACUGAACAAAGCUUCAGUGAUGAAAUUUCCAGGAUUUUAACUCAAUCAAAAUAUUAACAGUGCAUGUAUCUGUGUGUUUGCAUUACCUGUGAUCUGCAGAAACUGAUGAUGGCUACAACACAGAAAAUUUUGAUUUUUAUCAGGUUAGAUCUUCAUCUCUCCAGUGACCUGCAAUUUUAAUCUC